AGUGAUUUAUUGUUAAAACACAAUUUUAGCUAAUACAUAUUAUGCUGCAAAAUAUGAUUUUUAUUGUAAACUUUUUCAAAAUUGUCUAGAAAAUGACGCUAUGAUAUGGUGUAAUUUAGAGAAAGAUUAAGACAAUAUUACUUUUUAUAUUGUAUGUUACAACAAUUUAUUAUUAAAUAUGACUUAAGUGAAAAAAGAUAUAAUUGUCAAAAUGGAAGUGUGGUGGAUUUCUCGAGUAAUAGCUCAUCAUCCUUAUACCAUUCUAAUGACAAUACUUAUUUUUUCUUCAACAUGCUUAAUUGUUCCCUUAGCUAUUAAAAAAUUUCCAGAUUUCUCUGAUCCUCAAUUAGGUUUUGAAGCAAGAGGUACAAUGUUAGCUCAACGGCUUAUUGCUUGGCAAAACUUAUUGGAAUCAAAUAAGCCAAGCGGACAGCUGAUUGAUAAUCCUUUAGAACAUUACCAUCAUAUGCAACAGAAUUUAAUUGUCAGAAGCAAACCUAAGAAUAAGAAAAAAGGGAGGAAGAAAUAUCAAAAACAAAUAAUUAAUACAAAAGAAGAAAUAGAUAAAGUUGAAAUUAAAGAUAAAUGGGAGGAAUUAAUAGAAUUAAAAAAUAAAAAUAAAAGCCAAGAUUAUGUUGAAAAUGAGAAUUUCUUUUGUAAUUUACCAUUACCUGGUUAUGCACGUGUGGUUAUUGGUACAAAUUCUAAAGAUGCAAACUUAUGGUCAAUGGAAGGAAUAUUAGCACAAUGUUAUAUUGAUGGAGAAUUGAGAUCAAAUACACAUUUUCCUUCCUUAUGUCAAACGCAAAUAGAACACAAUAAUAUAGGACAAAAGUGUUGUAAAAGUUGGUCACCAGCGAAUUAUGUCGCACUUUUGUCUAAUCGAAGUUCUUGUUUGGGUGUAACAGAGAAUGAUCUUAGUCGUGUAGAAACACUUUUGAAAAGAUGUGUUUAUUAUUAUCAAAAUGGUCAUUUGACAUCAAAUUGUGAAGAAGACUUAAAUUGUCAAAAACAUGUUCCAAGUGAAUGCUACACACACAAUGCAGCUUAUCAUUUGCUGCAUUACUUAUUAGAUAUUGAUUUUAUUUCAAAACAUAAGCAAGAUUCCCAAAAUAAACUAAACUCAACAUUGAAAUAUGCAAUGUUGUUUUUGCCAAUUGCUACAAGCUCAGCAACUUUAGAUUUUUAUAAAGGACUGAGUAAUACUGAUUUAUCUUAUGGAAAAUUUUGUGUGAAAGGAAUGCAAUUAGGUCUAAAAAGUACAUUAUUUGAUCGACUAUUAGUGUCAGAUUCUAUUUUAUUACUUGUUGGUUUUGCCUUUGUAACGAUUUGCAUAUGGGCAUAUACUGUUUCUUUUCUAUUAACUGUCACAACCAUUAUUGCAGUAAUUUUUAGUCUUGGAAUUUCAUAUGCAUUUUACACUUUAAUUUUACAUAUCAAGUUUUUUCCAUUUAUGAACCUUUUGGCAAUCGUUGUUGUUGUAGGAAUAGGAGCAGAUGAUGCGUUUAUAUAUUGUAAAAUUUGGCAGAGGGGAAAAGAACAAAAAAUAUCAAAUAAUGGAUUGGUCAAAUUGGUACAAGAAACAAUGAAACAUGCUGUUCCGUCUAUGUUUGUUACGUCUCUAACCACCGCAGUAGCAUUCUUUGCAUCAGUUGUUAGUAAUGUUACUGCUAUAAAUUGUUUUAGUCUAUUUUCAGGAAUAACUGUUAUUGCAAAUUACUUCUUAAUGAUUACCUGGCUGCCAGCGUGCGUUGUAGUGUCAGAACGAUUCAAAUUAGGUUUUUUAUCGCCCGCAAAUUUUAUAACACGAAAAAUUAUUCGACCUUUGCGACUAUUUGGAGAUAAAGUAACGAUUGGUUUUAAUACUAUUCUUGCGAGGAUAGUUAUUAAUUUUCGAUGGUGCUGGUUAUUAAGUUUGGGUAUCACAGCAAUACUAUGUUGCAUCAUUGUUUUUCACUACCCUGGUUUACAAUUACCAGAUACUGCUGAUUUCCAAUUAUUUGAUAGUUCUCAUCCAUUUGAAAAAUAUGAUUUAGUAUAUUCUCGAAAAUUUUGGUUUGAGAAACAGGGAACAAUUGAUAAUGGAGAUACGUUACCAUUAAGAUUUGUAUGGGGCAUUAAGCCAGUCGAUAACGGCAAUUAUUUGGAUCCUGGUUUAAUUGGUACACCAGAAUGGGAUGAAUCUUUUGAUGUAUCUCAUCCAGAAUCACAACUAUGGCUUGAAAAAUUUUGUCGUGAUUUACGAGCUCAACCUUUCUAUCGUAAUACUUUAGGACCUUUACUUCCUAACUGUUUUAUCGAAUCAUUAAAUAAUUGGAUGCAAAGACGUUGUGAAGAUCCUAUUGAUUCACGCAUUAACUAUACACCAUGUUGUGAAAAAAGCAAAUUUCCAUAUAAUGCUAGCACUUUAGAACGAUGUGCAGUUGAAGCUAAUGCAAAACUAUAUAGUACUCCAUCAUAUUUAUGGGUUCGUAAUGGCGUUUUUGCUGGAUUAAAAUUUUUAAACGAGCCAAGUCUUAAACAAUUACGAGUAUCGAAUGAAACAAAUUCUAUAAUAAUGCCAACGCCUAAAAUUAAAGCUCUAGUAGUCGAGUAUGAUAGCAUAUAUAAUUACACUCUCUCAUUCUCAAAUAUGGAUCAGUUUUUUCAUCAGGUUGAAACAUGGAUGCAGAGUCAGUUAAAAAAUGCUCCGUUAGGAAUGCGUGGUGGUUGGUUCGUCAGUAGAUUAGAAUUUUAUGAAUUACAACGAACAUUGUAUGAAGGAACACUUUGGGCAAUGGGCGUUUCAUUGAUUCUAGCUCUUAUAGUGUUGAUUUUUGUAACAUUUAAUCCCCUUAUCAGUUUGUAUGCAAUUGUAACAAUCGGUGCAGCAAUUAUAGUAACAAUUGCUGGUUUGAUACUUCUUGAUUGGAAAUUAAAUGUUUUAGAAAGCGUCGCAGUGUCUACAGCAAUAGGUUUAACUGUAGAUUUUAGUUUGCAUUAUGUAGUAAGUUACAAAGCAUGUACUUCUAAAGAGAGAGAGGAUAAAGUAAAAACAGCUCUUGCACAAAUGGCUGGUCCAACUUUAAUGGCUUCUCUCACAAGCGGCGCGGCUGGUGCUCUUAUGUUACCUUCAUGUGUAUUGGCAUAUAUUCAAAUUGGUAUUUUUUUGUUACUCGUAAUGAGUAUAAGUUGGAUAUAUGCUACAUUUUUUUUGUGUCCAAUAUUAGCAAUAAUAGGUCCAUCAUCUCAAUUUGCUCAGUUUCAAUAUCCCAGAUUAAAUCUAUUAUGGAAUUAUCUCCGCAAAAACAAGUCUGGAAAUGUGCCUGAGUCAAAUACAGAUAAUAGUAGGGCUAGAAGAAAGAUUAAAGGAAGGGGAAUGUGGUCAGAAUCUACUUUAAGUACAUCUAGUACAGUAUGUCAAUUCCACUGUAAUGAAAUAGAAAGUUUCACAAGACCACCGCCAUCGCCAUCAUUACCUCCAUCUCCAUCGUCAGCAUUACUUCAAGCCGAUCAUAACAUUGGCGGUCUUGGAACCAGCCGAUGGUUGGAAGCGCUUUGGGAACCAGCAGCCCGAUUAUACACUUUACCAAAUGCACUUGAUAUGCUUGACGUGAGCGGUGAUGGAGAUGCUAGAUUAGUCUGUGCUGACUUAGGGACACUCAAUGUCAAUUCGCCUAAAAUACGAGUUUACAAAGGAGGUGACCAAAUAACGGAACACAACAUGGUAGAUCCACCCUGUGGAGUUGUUGGUUUUUAUACAGAAAAUGGAGAACCUCAGUCGUCCGUUUUGGCGGUGGGUGUUGGUUCUAGCGUCUACAUCUUUAAAAAUAUGAGACCGUAUUUUAAAUACUGUUUGCCGCAUAUUGACGUACAUCCAAAGGAACGAGAGAUUUGGCACAAAGCUGGAUUGGACGAAGAAUUGAAUGUAUUAACGCUAGCUGAUGAACUAGAUUUAUUGUUAAAGGAACUUGGAGCGGGAUUUAUCUCGCCGCGAACAUUGAAAUUUCUGUCCAUGGAUCCGAAUUUGAGAGCUAGCUUUGCGGAACAAUACAAAAGAAUCCCACUGGUUAAAAGCAACGCUUUAACUGCGAUUUCCGUGAUUCGAAGGGACUCGUGGAACGAUCCAGCGAGUAGUUGUCUCGUGCUGGGCACGGAAUUCGGAGAACUACUUAUUUUAGAUCCACGAACGUUUUCUGUUAUGGAUAAACAUCUAUUAGAAUGGUCGCCAGUCGCUUUUGCGUGUACAGGUUUAUGGACCGGCGAUGGAAAAAUAUUAAUUGUUGGAAGAGAUGGUAAAAUAGGAGUGAUAAAAAGAGGAAGUCCUGUGAAACUUUGGGAAAAAUUACCAUCACCUGCUGUAGCUGUUUCGCCCCUGAAUAAUGAAGGCAUCGCGGUUACUAUCAUGGAUGGUACUUUAAUCGGUUUUUCCAGUAAGGGAAUUAAAAUAUGGCAUGUUCGUGUUCCCGGUGCGAUUUUGGAUUCGGUAAGUUUACCAGUUCCGCAAACUGGACUUUCUUUGCUCGCUGUGAGUACAGCUGGUUAUGGUAUUCGCGUGUAUGAUGGAAAACAUCACGUGGACACGUUAAAAAUUAUGGAACCAGUUUCUGCGAUGAAGUAUGGUAAAAUGGGUCAAGAAGAACGUACGAUGGCAAUGGUCACCGUGGGGGGCGGACUCUGUGUAAAAAUUUUGAAACGGACCGCAGACUUCAGCAUUCACAAUGCGAUAUCUAAUUUACCCUUAAAUGAUGGCUCCAAAUUUUUAGUACCAAAAAAAACACGACUGUUCGUUGAGCAAACGAUACGAGAAAGAUCGGAAGCGAAGAAAAUCCAUUCUACUUUUCAGCAAGGUCUUCUUCGACUGAGAUUGGUGGUUGCCAAAAAAGUAGUCGAAACUUUGAACGACAGUCAAGGCGCGGGACCACAUCCUCUUACCAUGGAAGCUACGGUUUUAGGAUUGGGACCGAAUUACCAAAUUCGUAUUUUAUUGACGAAUAUAUCGGAUGAAUUGUCCGACACGGAUUUGUAUAUCGUUUGCAGAACCGAGAACACGAAUGUAAAACCACGGGUGAUGGAUGUACCUCUGUUACCGAGCGGUAUUCCGAUUCCUAUAGUCCUCAAUGCGAUUUUGAAGAGUAGAAUAUCGGGAAGGGUAGAGAUUUUACUGUGUAAAAAAUCGAAAACGAAGCCAGUAGCUGUGACGGCAGUGGUUUUACCUGCCGCCGAAGAAGAUAUCGAGAUUUAAUCUUCUGGAAAGUAGAAGCGUGAAAGAGAUAUUUUUUAUGUGAUUUAUAUAAAAGUGUUCAUAUAUUAUAUGUAUAUAAUAUUAUAA